AACACGAUGUCGUUCUGCGAAGAGUGCAACAAGCCAGGCGCUACCCGCUGCAGCGGCUGUCAGUCAAGCUUGUACUGCUCGAAGGAGUGCCAGAAGAAAGGCUGGCCAAUGCACAGGUUCCUCUGCAAGACACUCAAAGACUUCCAAGACCGGCCAGUGCCCUCCGGAUCACAUGAGAUCUACUCUCGAGCGAUCUAUUUCCACCCUAACGAGACAAGCCCGCGCUUCAUAUGGCUCAAGAACGAGCGGAUCAGCUACGACGGAUAUACAAUCACGUACGUGAGGCCCCGCCUAGGAGCACUCAUAGCCAACAACGAGGACGAAAAGAAGUCAGACGCCUACGUCACUCCAGGAUCCGCCAGUUUUGCGCACAACCACGCCCUCGACCGCGGGCUGACCCACACCGUCUUCUUGAGAUACCGUGACACCUUCCUGGUAGAUGGUUCGCAGCCCAACAAGGCGAUCAACAAAGUCUGCGACCUCGACUCACGUUAUGCCCACGAAUGGAGGGGGCCGAUCGUUGCUUAUGGUACUGAAUUGCUCGGAGGCAUGAGUAUAGAUCCUAAACAGACGGUCGACCUCGCGCCGUCCGACCUGCGCACCAUCGUUCAUUUUCUGAACGUAUUCAACUGUCAAGGUUCUAUGGCAGAUGGCAUGCAAGAGAUGCGUCCAAUCGCAGGCGUGCGCAUCAACUGUGGUGGCGAUGUCGAGCAUGGCGGUCGCCUCAAGUACGAACCAGUCACCGUCCCCGCUUACCACCGCAUCUUCGAGGAGCCUGCCGCGCCUAUUUCCACCCGCUUCGGCUUUCCAGUCACUAUGCAACGUGUCCGUGGUAGCUACAACCGCUGGAACAACGGCACCAUGGCUGAUGGCUGGCUGGCGUUCUGCAAUCCGGCUGCCACUUACAUCUACUUAGGCUGCGACCCAAAGGUUAGGGACAACACUGCCGGACCAUCGUGGGGGUUUGCACCGAUGAAGUGGCAGAACAGCGUUGGUUCUGUUCUCCUCAUGCGCCAGGACAAGAAGACUCUCCUCCCAGAGCAUGCCGCAGCUCUCUCGGAUUACUGUCAAUUCCACUUGACUGAUUUGUUCCAGCGACAGAUCGACGGUGAGAUCGGUAUCAAUGCGGCCCGCAUUCUGCGCGAGAUCACCGAGGAGAAGUUCAAGACGUACUACGAGACCUGGAAGGAGGAUCAGGAUGAUGAGGAGAAGCGGACGCAGAUCUCUCCGUACGAGGUCUGA